GCUUCAUUAGUAUAUAUUGGUCCUUAUUUUUGCCAGCCUUAAUUCAUUACCCCUUAAGUUCUUCUUUAGUUAUGUGUCUUAUUUCUCUCAUCUGAAUCCACUAUCAGUCCCAAAUAUGGGAAUUGAAACCUUGAACGGUGCGAAUUUUUCUUCAUGGAAAGAUUCACUGAUAAUAACUCUUGGCAUGUUGGAUUUUGAUUAUGCACUGAGAGAGUCUGCCCCUCCUGCCCUCACUGAUAAAAGUACUGCUGAAGAUAAAAUAGUACAUGAGAGAUGGGAGAGGUGCAACAGAAUGGCUCUUAUGCUCAUUAAAAAUUCCAUCAGCAUAAUCAUCAGGGGAGCUAUUCCAUAUUCAUCUAAUGCUAAAACAUAUCUGGCUUCCGUGGAGGAACAAUUCAAAGCAACUUAUAAGGCACAUGCUAGUACUCUUAUUUUGAAGAUGGUGACUACAAAAUAUGACGGGAAUAGCGGCAUUCGUGAGCACAUCAUGAUGAUGAACGACAUGGCCCGCAAGCUCAAGGGAUUAGACAUGGAGAUCAGUGAAGGUUUUCUGGUGCACUUUAUAAUGACUUCUCUUCCUGCAUCUUUUGAAGCUUUCAAGGUCAACUACAACACCCAGAAGGUCAAGUGGUCGAUGAAUGAGUUGAUUGCUAUGUGCGUACAAGAAGAAGAGCGUCUGAAGCUGGACAAACCUAAUGUGGCUUACCUCAUGACCGCUAAUCCAAAGAAGAGGAAGGCAAUGUCGAUAAGAAGGAUGUUUCUAAAGUCCAAAAACGUGAUGCAAGUGCUUCUUCCAGCUCUAAGAACUCCAAAGGGAAGUCUUACUGCAAGUUCUGCCGCAAGGAAGGACAUAGACAGAAAGAUUGCCAAGACUUUAAGGAGUGGCUGACGAAGAAAGAUAAUCAUCUUUACAUGAUACUUGAGUCCUUUAAUUUAAAUGUUCCAACUAAUACAUGGUGGUUUGACUCUGAUUCUAUGGUUCAUGUAACCAACUCACUUUUGGGAUUCCUUACAAUCCAGAAGCUGGAAAGAAAUCGAAGAACACUUAAGCUGGGGAAUGGAACAGAACUAAUUGUCGAAGCCGUGGGAACCUUAGAAUUAAUAAUGAAAACAGUUUUAUGUAUUAAACUUUAUGAUACCUU